AUGGUCUCGACCACGACAAAAUGUCGUCCCAGCGUCCGAGCGUCAUCACAAGCUUCCACUUCGGCGUCGACCUCCGGCUCCUCGGCAGCCAGCUCACCCGCUUCCCAGGCAGCUCCAGCGGUUAUCAGCCAUCAGCCACCAGCGACCACAGAGGACAGGGAAGUUCUCGACCAGGAACGAGCGAGAGCCAGUGGUACAACGGCUUCGUCGACAUCACGAGCGAAUGUCCGUGUCGAGCCGAGCCCCACCACCACCUCGACCUCGACCUCCACUUCAACGGGUAUCUUUCCCCCAACCCCCAACCCAACCCGCUUCGCCCCCUCGCAACGACCCCCUUCCUCCAAAGCCCUAGGCAAGCGGCGUCAAAGCUCUCCCGACGCCUCCUCCCUCCCCUCCCCGACAUCCCUCUCCCUCGGCACCUCCACCUCCCAACCGCCCCGACCGGACCGUAAAGGCGGUCGCAAGCGCAUCAAACCCUCCCGAGACCAAACCCACUCCAUCAAUGGGCCCAAACUGGCCCCCGGUGCAGGCCUCAGAUCCAAAAAGAGGAACGUCGUGCUUCCGGAAGAACAGGCUUCGACGGAUGGGAGUAAACCGUCGGCGAUGGUGCUUAAGGAUCGGAGGAAGGAAUUUUUGAAGAAGAUUAGGGAAACGAAGGGGGUUGAGGGGGAGAAGGAGGAAGAGGAUUGGAGUGUUGAGAAGAUGUGAGCUUGACUUGUCCUAUAUGGGAUGGGAGGGGUGCGAGGGGUGAAGGGCAGAAAGCUGAUUCUUUCAUUGUGAAAAUUUCAAUUCUCCAGACGCUCGGUCAAGGCAUCUCUUUUGGAACAGAUCCAAGCCGAAUUGGACCAAAUUCAACAAGAGUACAAGACACUUUCGGACGAAUUGGUCAAGGCCCAGAUCGAGGAAAGCGUAUGGAACAACGUCAAAAAGGAGACGCUGGUCCGUUCUGGCGUCCUUUAGCGCUUCGGACAGCGGCUCAGUGCUGAUUACCAACCGUGACAUUCCUCUUGACAGGCCGAAAGAACUCAUCUGAGGUAUUUGAACAAGGGCCAAUUGAUGAAUCUGUUGACGAACCCGAGGCCGACCUAG